AUGGAGAACUCAAGAAGACAUCAACUUGUAAAUGCCAUAGCAUUUUGCUUGGUUGCCACAAGUGUUGUUGCAGCCUAUACACCUUAUGGUGAUUCUCCACAGCAAACUAUGAAUCAAGAGAAACCUUAUUCCCCAGGAUCUGAAUAUAAGGUACCAUCAGUUCAACAAGACACAUCUAGCAAGGUUCCGUCAGUGUCGAAAGACUAUUAUAAGGUGCCAUCAGUUCCAGAAAGCACUUAUACUAACGUGCCAUCAGUAUCAAAAGAGUAUUACAAGGCACCAUCAGUUCCAGAAGCUAAAUACACUAAAGUACCAUCAGUUCCAGAAAGUACUUAUUCUAAGGUGCCAUCACCAUCAAAAGAGUAUUAUAAGGCACCAUCAGUUCCAGAAACUGCAUACACUAAAGUACCAUCAGUUCCAGAAAGUACUUAUUCUAAGGUGCCAUCAGCUCCAAAAGGUACUUAUACUAAGGUGCCAUCAGUUCCAGAAACUACAUACACUAAAGUACCAUCAGUUCCAGAAAGUAGUUAUUCUAAGGUGCCAUCAGCUCCAAAAGGUACUUAUACUAAGGUGCCAUCAGUUCAAGAAACUACAUACACUAAAGUACCAUCAGUUCCAGAAAGUAUUUAUUCUAAGGUGCCAUCAGCUCCAAAAGGUACUUAUACUAAGGUGCCAUCAGUUCAAGAAACUACAUACACUAAAGUACCAUCAGUUCCAGAAAGUAGUUAUUCUAAGGUUCCAUCACCAUCAAAAGAGUAUUACAAGGUACCAUCAGUUCCAAAAACUACAUACACUAAGGAACCAUCAGUUCCAGAAAGUACUUAUUCUAUGGUGCCAUCACCAUCAAAAGAGUAUUACAAAGCGCCAUCAGCUCCAAAAGAUACUUAUAGUAAGGUGCCAUCAGUCUCAAAAAACUACUACAACAUACCUUCAAUGCCAUAUGUACCAAAAGAUAAUUACAAUCAUGUGCCUCAAGUCCCAGAAAAUGUUCCCAAAAAUACUUACGAAGUACCUUCUAUGCAAAAGAAUUACUAUAAGGUACCUUCAGGUCCUCAAAAUGUUUACAACAAUGUUCCAUCAGUACCCAAAGAUUACAACAAGGUACCUUUAGUGUCAAAAGACAACUAUGGAUCUAAGGUGACACUGCCAAAACCUUACUUCAAGUUGCCAGCAGUUGCCUCAUACCGUUAUCGAAAUUCGCCUAAGUAUCCUAACCAAGAACAUCCUAGUUACAACUCUUUUCCAUCAUCGAAGAACACAGAGAAUUACCAAUCUCCACCACCACCUUACUACUAA